CUCUCUCUCUCUACGUACAAUUUCUUUUGUAUUGUGUAAAAAAAUUCUUGUGCGGGGAGUAGAGAGAUUAAACGAAAAUGUCUGGUCGUGAAGGUGGCAAAAAGAAGCCUUUAAAGGCACCCAAAAAAGAAUCCAAAGACUUGGACGAAGACGAUAUGGCUUUCAAGCAAAAACUUAAGGAACAACAAAAAGCCCUAGAAGCUGCUAAACAAAAGGCUUCCCAAAAGGGUCCCUUAGUUGGAGGCGGCAUCAAGAAGUCGGGCAAAAAAUAAUUUAGUUAAGCAUUUAUUAAAAAAAAUUGUUACACUUAAAAGAAAACCUUAAAAAGUUAACAAUAAAUGUGUGUAUAGACUUUUUUUACAAAUAUUUAUAGACAAA